AAGGGAAAAACCUAGGCAAUACGAGUCUCGGCUAUUCACUUUGCAAAACAACUGCUAUAUAUAAAAAGGCUGUAUUCUACUUCAACAAUCAUCACACCCUGUUCACUCGAUUCCUCCAGAGCUCAGUCGAACAAUACUCCAGGAUGUCUCCAAUUCUGAUGUUGAUGAUGCUGGUGGGUGUUGCUGUUGCCUUCCCUUAUCCGAACAAUGCCCCUGUUCCCGCUGAUGUAGUUGCUCCUGUGGAAGAUGGCCCUGCUCCUGGUGAAGAAAAAGUAGAUGAACGUUUCUUCUUAUUGCGUCCUACGUACGGCGGCCAUGGACAUGGAUAUGGGCACCAUCAUCAUGGUGGUUACAAUAGCGGAUACGGAAACCACUACAACGGUUAUGGUGGCUACGGAGGUUAUGGUGGUCAAGGAGGUUAUGGAAAUUACGGCGGACUCCACUGGCGUGAGGGACAGAAGGCCGGAGAAGGCGCUCCCGAUGCUGCCGCCGUACCAAUUGAUGCAGCAGCAGCAGCUCCCGCCAACGGACAAGUUACUUUCGAAUAGAAAUUUAACAUUUUUUACCUGAUGUUUUUUUAAUCGCUUCAAUCACCAAUCACAUCUUUGAGCCACAAGUUCCCGGUCGACUAUAUACGUAUUCGCCUGCAUCUGUUGAAAUCGAAUCGGAUAUACGUUGUUAACAACAAUCAAAGUCUAAUUCAGCUUGCUGUUGAACAGCUUUGAACGUGAACUUACUUCUAAUCCGAAAAAUAAAUCGACCUUAAUCAUU